AUGCUCAAAGCAUACAUAAAUUGUGGAAUAUUACUUGUAUUAAGUUUUUUUAAUUUUUUUGUGAUCAGUGAAUCAAACGAGAAUAAAAAUUCCCUCUAUGAAAAACAUGUUUCAAAGAGGAAUGAUCCAGACUUUCAAACAUGUCUUGAAAGUUUUGACAUUUACCAAGACAAAAUAAUUAGAACACAAGAUUCUAGAGAUAUGGGUGCAAAAUAUUUAAAUGAAAGGGAUGUCUUAACGAGAGACGACUGCCUAAAACUGUGCUGUGAAACAGAUAAUUGUGAUGUAUUUGUUUUCGAAGAAAAAAACCCAGGUGGCUGUUAUUUAUUUGAAUGUGGUUCUCCUGAGGACUUUAAAUGCAAAUUUACAAAACAUCAAAACUAUACUAGCGCAGUUUUGAAAAUAAACAGGCACUUAACUGAGUUGGAAACACAGAUAAAGUUUACCCAACACGAACAUGAACUUACAAAACUCAGACAACCUCCUCCUAAUUCAAACCCAAUAACAGUUCAUUUUCCUACUACGGAAUCAACCAAAAAUCAAGAGACAAUAAAUUUUGGAAUAGAACGACCCCCAAACCAACCUGCUGUCACAAAGAGUCGAGAAUGCAGUAGGUAUCAGUUUGAAUGCCAUACAAGCAAGGAGUGCAUAGCUAUUUAUAAUGCCUGCGAUGGGAUACCACAAUGUUCUGAUGGAAGUGAUGAAGCUCCUGAACUUGGCUGUCCUGCUACACCGACUCCAUCUCCACUUGUAACUACAUCAAAUCCUUCUAAGCCUUUGCCAAAAACUGAACAAGAUGUUGAAGUGCAUAAAGUGGAUCCAGGAAUAAAAGUUACACCAGAAUCACAAAAACAAUAUUCUCAACAACCAAACACAGGAGAUAGCCCGGCUGCAGGUAGUGGUUAUGCGACAAAUCCACUUCAAUUAAAUAUGAAUUUGCCUUCAAACCUUCCAAAUGCAAGAACUGGUUAUGGUAGAGAAGGAGAAGGGAUGGCAAAUUUCCAUCCAGAACAACAACAAUGGGGUUACCAAUACCAUCCUAAUCAAGGAGGAAGUCAAAUUUUUACUCAUAAAGGAAACGGUUUAGUGCCCCAAGCUGAUAGAUAUCCUCAACAUCAAUACAUCCAGCAAGAAAUUCCGCAGCGUGGUAUGAUACAACAAUACGGAGAACAAAUACCGAACGAUUACGCCAAGUAUUAUUACGAUAAUGUGCCUUAUAGAAUACUUCCUCAGAAUCAACCAGUCAACAACUGGCAGAUGCCUCACAAAACCCAAGAAGUUGCAAACCAGGGAUUAGAUGAUGGUCCAUUGAACAGAUUAGAAAAUUUACCAGUCGGAAAUGGACCAGGCCCGGAUUACUAUUACGAAGAAGCCUAUAGAAAUAGGCCUCAGUCUCCUCAAGGAUAUGGUCAAAGAACACCCGUAUCACAAAACAUACAUCCUCAUAAUGAAAACAAGGUUCCUGAAACAGUAAUGGAAACAAGCAGCAACGAUAUGACCGCAAAACACGAUGUUCCAAAAAAGAAACCGCCCAUAGUUCACACAGUAGAGACUACGACAACAAAGCCUAAAGAAGAAACGCCUGCACAUGUAUCGCACAGAAAGGUAGAGGUUGCAUCAGCAGAACUGAAAAUGAAAGAGUCGUUGAUUGAUGACGACGUAGAUGGUCACAGUUCAAGCCCAAGCGGAGCAGUACUGUCAUUGACGAUGGGCUUGUGCAUCACCGGCCUCAUGCUUAUAUUUGUCGGCUGCAGAAUGAGAGUAGUGAAGAGAAGAAUGAGACGAGGAGGGAAAUCUCCAUAUGCGCACGAUGCUGACUUCUUAGUAAACGGAAUGUACCUAUAA